AUGGAGAAGGGGAUGCCAGUGAUCGACCUCGCCGGGCUCGAUGGAAAGAGGAGGAAGGAGACCCUGGCCCGGUUCCAGGACGCCUGCGAGAACUGGGGAUUCUUCCAGGUAAAUCGAUCGCCUGUGCAGAAGUCGGUCGCUGCAGAAGCUUCUCCCCCUUCCGGCGAUGUAAAACUAACCCCUUUUCUCCUGCGGCGAGCGGAGCAGGUUGUGAACCACGGCGUAGCCACCGAGCUGGUGGAGAGGACGAAGAGACUGACCCACGAGUACCACGACGCGGUGCUGAAGCCGGCGUUCCAGCAGUCAGAAGUGGUGAAGAAGGUGGAGGCCGGCGAGGGCCGGAUCGGGGACAAAGACUGGGAGACCUGCUUUUUCGUGCAGCACCUCCCGGCCAGCAAUGCCGACAAGGUCCCCAACAUCUCCACCGAGCUAUUGUAAGUCGCCGGAACCCUAACUCGCCGCCGAUUAUGCCGCCUUCCCCUCACCACCCCACUUCCUCCCGCCGGUCGCAGCGAGACCAUCAAGGAGUACGAGCAGGAGGCGGCGAAGCUGGCGGAGAGGCUGCUGGACCUCAUCUGCGAGAACCUCGCUCUGGAGGAGGGCUACAUCAAGAAGGCCUUCGCUGGCGCCAGCGGGCCAUUCAUGGGCACCAAGUUCGCCAAGUACCCGUCCUGCCCCAAGCCGGACCUGAUCACCGGCCUCCGCACCCACACCGACGCCGGCGGCAUCAUCCUCGUCCUCCAGGACGACGUCCCCGGCCUGCAGUUCCUCAAGGGCGGCGACUGGGUCGACGUCGUCCCCGUCCCCGGCGCCAUCUUCAUCAACACCGGCGACCAGCUCGAGGUACACCUCCUCCUUCCUCCUCCUCCCCCCCCUCCUCCUCCUCCUCCUCCUCCUCCCUCUUUCCUUCCGCUUCUUCCUCCCUCCUCUUUCCUCCUCCUUCCUCCUCCUUCCUCCUCCUCCUCCUUCCUCUUCCUCCUCCUCCUUCCUUCUGCUUCCUCCUUCCUCCUCCCUCCUCCUUCUCCUCCUUCCUUCUGCUUCCUCCUUCCUCCUCCUUCCUCCUCCUCCUUUCUCUUCCUCCUCCUCCUCCUCCUUCCUCUUCCUCCUCUUCCUCCUCCUCCUCCUCCUCCUCUUCCUCCUCCUACUCCUCCUUUCUCCUCCUCCUCCUCCCCCUCCUUCAUCCUUCCUCCUCCCUUCCUUUCACCCUCCUUCCUUCUCCAUUAUUCCCUUUCUUCCUCCUUCCUUCUCCUUUCUUUCCUUUCAUCCUCCUCCAUUCUUUCCUUUCAUCCUCCUCCAUUCUUUCCUUUCUUUCUCCUUCCUUCUCCCUUCUUUCCUUUUUCCCUUCCUUUCAUCCUCCUUCCUUCUCCCUUCUUUCCUUUUUCCCUUCCUUUCAUCCUCCUUCCUUCUCCCUUCCUUUCAUCCUUCUUCCUUCUCCCUUCCUUUCAUCCUCCUUCCUUCCUUCCUUCGUCUUCCUUCCUUCUCUGCGGCGACCUUGCCGGAGCUGACAGGUAGCGCCUCCGCCGGCGUGAUGGCAGGUGAUAACGAACGGACGAAUCAAGAGCAUCCCCCACCGCGUGAUCGCUCAAGAGGAGGGUGGGAGGAUCUCCAUCGCCACCUUCUACAACCCGGCGAGCGACGCCGUCAUCGGGCCAGCCCCCAGCCUCCUCUACCCCGUCUUCAAGUUCGAGGAGUACAUGAAGGUCUACGCCGGCACCAAAUUCGCCGACAAGGAGCCCAGGUUCGAGGCCAUGAAGACCCGCCCCGCCGAGCUCGAUGGGCCCCUCAACGGCCUCGUCUAUUGA